GCAGGUUCAUCCAGAGAAACGUCCGUGAGCUCCUGCUGUCGACGUGCUUUAGAAGAGUGAGCUCAGUAAGAAGCUGAGAGGACGACGAAGAUGUUUGCUGUGUUUGUGAUCCUGCUGCAGGUUUCCCAGGGUGCUGCAGUGUUGGAGGUAUAUGAGGAGGUGGAGGCUGUCGUGCUGCCCUGCCAGUACUUUGGUAUCAUACCUGAGGACGAUCCCACAGUGAUCUGGAGCCGCUUUGACCUCAAUCCCAAAACUGUCCACCGGAGAAGAGAAGAAGAUGACCUCCAAGGCCAAAACCAGCAUUACAGCGGGAGGACGUCGAUGAGGCCUGAUGCCCUGGAUACUGGAGACUACAGCCUCACUCUGAGAAAGCCCCAGCUCACUGACAGCGGCACCUACACCUGCACCAUCAGUGAUGGGACACAAGACCUGACACUGAAUACCAUACAGCUGCAGGUCAAAGAACGAUUCCCAGCUUGGUCUAAGGUUCUGCUGGUUCUCCUGGUUCUCACCACUGUCAUUGUUUCUGGGGGUCUCUUAUUUUGUUUCCGUCUCUAUUUAAUGUCAGUGUACCAGGUGGAGGUGGAUGCAGAGGUGAAUGCUGUCCAACUGCCAUGCAAAACUAUAACUCACCUGCCUGAAGAUGCUAAAGUGGAGUGGAGCAACAGUAAAGACAAGACAAUCCACCUGUUUGAGAACUCCUCCGACCAGCAUGACGAGCAGCACUGGUUUUACAGACAGCGGACAGAGAUGAAGAAACGCCCGCUGAAGGCUGGAGACCUCAGUCUGACCCUGAAAUAUCCCACAGAUUCAGACACAGACACCUACACCUGCACCGCCCGCAGCAGGGAGGGAAACAUCCUGAUGAAGAAACAAGUACAGCUCCAUGUCAAAGUCUGUCAGAUGGAGGUGAAAGAUGGGGAGGAGUCAAUCCAGCUGCCCUUCAAAUCCACAUGUGACCUCCCCGAUGACAUCAGAGUGAAGUGGUGGCGAGAUGACCCUGAACCAAUGGUGAUGGUCCACGUGUAUCAGAACAAAUCAGAUCAGCCUGACAAACAGGACGAGGAGUACAGAGGCCGAACAGAGAUGAGCAAAAAGCUGCUGGAGACAGGAAACCUCAGCCUGACCCUUAAACAUCCAACAGUCAGCGACACGGGAAGAUACCGCUGCAGAGUCGACAGCAGGAACAUCUGGAGAGAGAAGACCGUGCUGCUCAAAGUCGGAGGUCAGUAUGAAGGCGGCACGCUGUUUACUCACAGCUUGGUUGAAGUCCAGCAGUACGGCAGACUCACCGUCUUCAGUUGUUAUCACCCCAGCCUCGGCUGCCUUCCUGAGAAGUAG